UUCUCGCUUAGCUGGAGCACCACCACCUGCUCGAGCCUUGAGCAAGCAAGCACUGCAGCCAUGGCGUACAGGGUUCUCGAGGUCACCCUCCACUCGGCGAGGGACCUGAAGAACGUCAACUUCAUCUCGCGCAUGGAGGUGUACGCCGUGGCGACCAUCUCCGGCGACCCGCUGACGCGCCAGUGCACGCCGUCGGACCCCUACGGCGGCCGCCACCCGGCCUGGAACGCCACGCUCCGCUUCACCGUCCCGCCCGCCGCCGCGGCCGCCGGCGGGUGCCUCCACGUCGUGCUCCGCGCCGAGCGCUCCCUCGGCGACCGCGACAUCGGCGAGGUCAUCAUCCCGCUCACCGAGAUCCUCUCCGGCUCCGGUGGGGGCGGCGGCCCCUACGACUUCGGCCCCCGCCCGCCGCAGUUCGCGUCCUACCAGGUCCGCAAGGUGAACCGCUCGGAGCCCCGCGGCGUGCUCCACCUCUCCUACCGUCUCGGCCCCGUCAUCGCCUACCCGGUCGCGAUCCCGGCCCCGGCCCCGCCCUCGCCGCCUUACGAUUACCUCCCCCCUCCGCCGGACGCUUACCUUCCCCGUAAGCCGGCGCCGCCGCCCACGCCGUCUCCUCCACGACCUGUCGAUAGAGUUGCCAAAUCGCCGCCGCCGCCGCCGAUGCCGUCUCCUCCGCGACCGGUCGAGAGAGUUGCCAAGCCGCCGCCGCCGACACCGCCGGCUCCGCGAGCUGCGGUGGGGCAGGUAGCCGCGUUGCCUGCACCUGUGGCUGCAAAGGCCGACAGGCAUAUGGCGACGCCUUCACCGGCGAAAGCCGACUGGCAGGUGGGUACCUAUGUGCCGGCGGCGAGGACGAAGGGAAGGAACAAUGGCAACCUGGAGUUCGAGAUGGGGCUCGGCGCCGGGCUGGUCGGCGGCGCCAUCGGCGGGAUGCUGGCCAGCGACAUGGUGUCCGACGCGGCGGUCUACAACGCCGGCUACAUGGCCGGGUUCGCCGACCGCGAACACGCCGUGUACUGAACUGUUACUUGCUCGGCGAAGAUGGUUAGCUUAAUAAAAAUCUCGUCUUUUUUAACCUUUGAGAUUAGCUCAAUAAAAGUCGAGAGGAUUUACUUUGGCUGAGAGUUUGUAACUUUCUCUUUGGCUGGUGAAUUGAUCGACGUGUUGUAUAUAUUCGUUGUUGGAUAUGAUAUAAUAUGGAAAAGUCUCUUUUACUCUUUUCAUAUAUGCCGUUAAAAAACGAUUUUUUAUAGAAGUGAUACGAGAUGACAAUAU